AUGGACAUCCUAUGGCAAUACCAGUUUCGGAUCAUCUUGCUCGGGGACUCCACCGUGGGCAAGUCGUCCCUGCUGAAGCGCUUCACGGACGGGAUAUACAGCGAUGUGGCGGACCCCACCGUCGGCGUGGAUUUUUACGCCCGCUCGCUCGACAUCGAGCCGGGCGUCAAGAUAAAGCUGCAGCUGUGGGACACGGCCGGACAGGAGCGCUUUAGGUCCAUCACAACCUCGUAUUAUCGUAACUCGGUGGGUGGACUGCUUGUGUUCGAUCUGACCAACCGCAAGACCUUUGACCACGUGAGGGAGUGGCACAAGGAGGUGAGCGAGCACAUCCUGCCUCAUCACAUGGUCUACAUCUUAAUCGGGCACAAAAGUGACCUGAACAAGGACCGCAAGGUGACCCGGGAUGAAGCGGAGCAGCUGGCGGCGGAGCUGGGCAUCCGCUACGUGGAGACCUCCGCCAAGUGCAACAGCAACGUGGACCGGGCCUUCGAGCUGCUGACUAGAGACAUCUAUGAGCUGAUGAAGAUGGGCGAGAUCGUCACCCGUGACGGCUGGGACGGCGUGAAGAGCGGCCUCACCGCCAAGGUCCUCUACCCUGGCGAGGAGGAUGAGGAGGAGGUGGCCGUGGCUUCUGCUGAGAAGGGCUGCCACUGCUGA